UUGUGGUACUGGUUCUGGAUUUCUUUCCUCCACCCUCCUCAGUAUAUGCAGAUCUUUGGGGGUGGGUGGAGUGGACAGCUGGGAGGUGUUUCCUCCUGCAGGAACAAGCCUGCACCUCCCUACAUGGCUGGACUCGUGUGUUGAGCGUGCAGAGGGCGCGGACGCAGAGCAGCAGAUCUGAUCAGAGGCCUCCGUCCCCCUGCUGAAGUGUCUUUGAGCCAAGCGCUGAUUCUGAGCCAGUGAGAGAGAGAGAAACCCGAGAGCUGUUCCAGCAUGGAAGGGAGGCGGAGUCUUCUCCUCUGCCUCAUCGUGGCAGCGUGUUUCUACGGCAACGCUGCUCAGAAGACAGUCUGCACUCAAGAGGCUGUUGCUGACAUCGUCUUCAUGGUGGACGGAUCAUGGAGCAUCGGUAACGAGAACUUCGAGCAGAUCCGUCAGUUUCUCUACACGCUGGUCAACAGCUUCGACAUCGGGCCUGAGCAUGUCCGCAUCGGGCUGGUCCAAUACAGCAGCUCCCCACGGACAGAGUUCCUGCUCAACACCCAUCAGAACAAGGAGGACAUCCUGCAGUACAUCAGCAA